AACAAAGGCAGUCUCCUAUUCAGAGUGAUGGCAGUAUGGUAGAGGGGGGCGUGUAAGUCACAUGUAUAAGUAUGCGGGAUCUGACACUUACACAGAUCAUACGUGUGUCUAUAUGGAUUUCUGACCAUUACUGUAUCACAUAUUAAAUAGGAACGUUGCUCGGAAUACUGCAUUGGACUUUUCGCAAUGUGAAUUCCUCUGAUCUACAGAUAACACUGCGGAGGGCUGGCCUGUGAAAGAGAUUAGACCAAGUUGUACACAGACAGAGCAUGUUUGGUUACUAGGAUAUCAGGUGUACAGGUGAGGCACUGAACACAGAGGAAAGGAAGAAAUUAAUAAUAAAAGUAGAACUCAAGAAAAAUGUCAAAAGACACUUCUGUGCAGCUCAUCCCUUACCAGGAAAGGGGACAGUCCUUCCUGCCUGCCAUACAUGGAGGUAGAAUAGAGUCACUGGAAGACAGGUUUUCCAACCAGGAGAAGACAACCACCAUACUCCUAGAGCAGGCCUUCAAGAUUAAAGAGGAUGUUUCCAUGUUGAGAGGCAACCGCGGCACCCAGUGGGACUUAAUGGCUCAGCGACUGCUUGAAAAUCACAUGCAGAUCGUCACACAAAUAGUUAAACAGCUUAGUAAAGACAUUGAGGUUUUGGAAAAUGAGAUCAGAGCCAGAGAUACAGUAAGCACAGGAACAAGCUUUGCCGUGCAGAACCUGGAUAGGAAACAUCUAUCUGGAAUUGGUGAUCUACGUGGCCGUGUAGCCAGGUGUGAUGCCAGCAUUGCAAAGUUAUCCGGGGAUCUUUUAGCAACAAAACAGGAAAUGCAGGCCCAGGAGAAGGGGAAUCGCAGUAACAGUGCCAUUGUGGAGGCACAUGUAAAAGAGCUGGACCUAAAGGUAAUGCAGCUAUUAGGAAAGAUGGAAACUUCAAUUUUUGAGCAGAACAACAAAGUGAAGAGUGCCCAGGGGGAGCAGCGCCACGAGAUCCAACUUCUAGAUCUCAAACUUGGUGGUAUUUUUGAUGACAUUCGAGGACAAAUUCAAAAUCAGCACAAAUGGGCUGCAUCUCAGCUAGAAAGGCUAUCUGAAGAACAGACUCAGCAUAUUCAGCAACAGCUUAAUAAUCUCCGGGAAAAAAUGGACGCAAUAGAGAAGAGACUACAGGAAAAUAUGCAUCACUUGACUUUGAAAAUAGACAACACUGACUAUGUCCAAAGACUGGAGGCAAAGCUCAGCAAACUCAAGCAUGCCGAGGAGAAAAUGGCCGCCAGAGUCAUAAGAAGUGAAAGUGAAAUGUGGGACGAGAUAGAGAACAUGAAAAGUGAAUACAGAGCAGGAUUUCAAGCUAUACGAGAAUCUCUGAAUUCCCUUCAACAAAUCCAAGAGACCAAAGUGAAACUGGAAAGCAGGAAAGUCCACAAAGACAUCAAGAAAAUUCAACGCAAGAUUGUAGAAUUGAAAGACAUUUGAAAUGAUUAUGAUGUAGCGGGCUUACUAUAAUAUAAUAUCAAUGAUGUUUGCCGUGUAUUAGGAAUCGGAUACAUGAGAGUUAAAAAAAAGAUACAUAAAGAUGGGCUUCAUGGACAACGUAUUUUAUCCCCAGCGUGUUAUUAUGAAGUACUUCACCUUAUGCAACAGAUGCUCAUUUCAUGUCAGUUGUUCAUUACAUAAGGUUUUAAUCAACGAGGUGCCAUGUUUUCUAUCUUCUUUAGUAAUAAAACACAAUCUUAUCUUGAUUGCUCACACAGAUGCUGCUGGUCAGUAAUUCUCAUACAUCCAGCAAUUAGCUUCCCUAUAUAAUUCACACAGGAAGAUUUUGGACCAAUUCCUGAUGAGCAGGAAGAGGGGUUCUGAUACCUGAAUGUGUUGCCUGUUUGUUUUUUUACUGUAAACCAAUAAACGUAUUUGUACUCUUUUA